AUGCCCGCAAAGAGCCAGAGGGAAGCUGAGCAGGAAGUCCGCGACUGGGGCUUCCGCCACGUGUUCACCUGGUCUGAUAGCCCAAAUGCUCACUAUCCGCCGCACUCGCAUAACGGCCUGACCACCCACCUGAUUCUCGACGGCGAGCUCACCAUCACCUAUCCCAAGGACCAGAGCCCUACCAAGGAGACGUUCGGCCCCGGCGCCCGCCUUGACGUCGACGCAAAGCGUGUCCACGAGGUUUGGGUCGGCGACACGGGCUGCACAUAUGUCAUUGGUGAAUGA